AUGAGAACGUUCAUCAAAUCGCAUCGAAAGUCUAGCUCUGUGGAUAGUAGCCCUUCGAAAAGCUAUAGCGACAAUGGGAACUCGAGAUUGAGCAAUGACCUCGGAGAUGCGUCACCACGAUCUAUGGGAAACACUAGACCAUCGAUGGAAAAACUGCCAUCUCUUUCUGCGAGCUUUGACUCAGGUUCAGGCAACCAUAACAAAAUGAGCAACAAGAACAAAAUAUUCUCCACGCGAAUAUUUAAAAAACCCAACGCCAGUAACGUGAAACUAGGGGAAUCCACAACGGCGCCAACAUCGCCUUUUAUGCAAUCUUUCCGAAAUCUGUCAUCACCAGAAAAUCCGCAAAAUUGGCAGUUCUCUAAACAAACCAUAAAUGGAUCUCAGACCCAACUUGAGGGCUUGACAACUCCUACCAUUAGGGGUACCAGGAUGCAUGAAUGGGGGUCCAGCAGUAAGGAACGGUCCCAGUCAGUUAUCGUACUAAACCGAAAUUCUACCUCUUCAGACUUGUCUUCUGAGCUCAACGAUCCGGGACUGCAUGGAAGCAUGAAGCAACGAACCGGUUCGUUGAGUUCGGCGGCCUCAAGUUUGCAAGGUGAGAGUAGGCGUGGAAGUUUGGACCUUUUACAAAGAGAAAGACUAAACAAUUUAGAUGACAUUCACGAGCAACAUCCCUAUUCCAGUUUUAGACCUGAGAAUAAAAAGAAUAGAAACCGGCAGGCCCGUAUUCAUUCGCAUGAGGAUUUUUUGAACAUGGAGCGUAAUUCAACACUGGAUCUUAGUUCAUUUUCUGAAAAAUUCAGGCUAUCGAAAAAAGAGGAUAAAGCGCUUUCUCCAGAGUUCGAAGUACCUGUUCAGCAAGAGACCGCUGUCGAAAAAAGUUCAGCUGGGGGCUUUUUAGGAUUAGGGCUAAGCUACACGCAAAAGUCUAGCGACGAAAAUGCUUCUGUCACAUCAACCACUAGAGAACAAAGCGUUGCAACUAAUGACAGAUCUUUCGAGGAGGGUGACGAAAUUGCGGCAGGUCCCGUCAAUGAAGAUGAUUUUGACGAUUCUAUGUUGAACAAUGAAGAAGUGCAUUCGAUCACGGCUAGUGAAGUUGUGAGUCCCUUCGAUGAAGGGCCUUCUGACGAAUCUUCUGUUGAAUCGUCAGAUCAAUCAUCACGCUUUUCUUUUGAACUUGCAGGUGCUAAUGGCAGAACAGCUUCGGUGAAAUACUAUUCCAAGCCUGAACCACAAGCCAACGUGUAUGUUGACGACCUCUACAAUGACGAAGAUUUCGAUGAAGAUAUGAACUGUUUUGACGAAGACGUCGAUGAUCAAUUGGAGGAGACGGAAUUCACAGGUAGGCCAAAGAAUGAAAAGCUGAAACCAUCAGUUAGGUUUGAAAACUUGGCACAUGGAGACUAUGCCGGACGUGAGGGUCACGUCACUAAUAUGAAAGCAGCUGCGGCAGGCCGCGAAGUAAAUGGCUACAAUGACCUAUUUGACAUCUCGGAUGAUGAUGAUGAUCCGUAUGGGAUAUCAGACCAUAACGACUUUGAUGAUGAACAAUAUGAGAUAUCAGAAAAUAGUGACUUUGAUGAUGGCCCUAAUGAGAUAUCAGACCGUAACGACUUUGAUAAUGAACACUCUGUUGACGAAAGCGCAGAGUCUCAAAACCUGGACUUCGAUAGUCGUGAUGAAGAAGAUUGUAAGGAAGCUAGCGUCCCACUUCGAAAUCCUCUCAACAGCUAUGGAGAUAUCUUCGAUCUUAGCGACGAAGAAGAUACUCGUGAAGAGACCAGCCCCGACACCUCCAAAUCUAUAAAGGAGGAUAUCAGCGCAACCCCAAGGCGCUACUCCAACGCUCCCAAUAACAUUGAAGAUCUGUCCUCAGAUACACCAGAGCCAGGAUUACCUGCCGACAUAAUUACAAACCAUAAUUCAGCCACAAGUCUAUUACAGCUGCGAUCUCCGUUUCAUUGUAGUCCGGAACACCCAAAUAUGGAAAUUACCAACAUGCCGCUGCCUCCUCCCGCCAGAUCUCAAGUCUUGAAAUAUCACGAUUUAACAUCUAACCUGGAUUAUGAGGUGCCAGGUGCAACCAGUAAUCUCUAUUUCAUCAAUGAAGAGGAGGAAGACAAGUACAAUGAAAAGAAUCAGCCAGACGACCAUUACUUGGACGAGAUCAACAUAUUACCCGAAGACUACAACUUCUCGGAUGAUGAAGAGCUCUUUACACAUACCCUCGAGUCCUCAGGCUCCGCCAGGAAAGCGAAUAAUUCUUUCAAAAGAACACACAGUUUUUCUCGAAAGCCAAUAGCAGCCGUUAUGGAAAAUCUGCCCGCCAAUUUCAAACUAGAGUUGAAAGAUAAGGUAGUAACUUUCUUCCACAGUCCCGUCAAUGAGCUCGAACACAAUCCUUUAUGCAGCGAUCAGACACAAGAUUCAAGUGACGAGAUGCUUCUUUCCCCUGUUGAAGACCGGCAAAGAGGCGCGUCCGCGGAUUCGGUAACUUCUCCUGUUACUCCAUCUAAUUCAUUGAAUCGGCCGACUCCAUAUUUUAAUCAGACGAACUCCCUCAGCCCCAUACAGGAAACCAACGGAUCCGUCGACAACUCUCCGAGAAGAAACAGCUCAAUUUACCGCAGCGACUAA